AUGGGGCAAUGUAGAAGAGCAAAGAAGUAUGCAUUGAUUCUUGUUGAAGGUAGCCUUGUUGAACAUUAUGGUAAGCUAUGGUCAUAUGGUCAUGAGAUUUUAAGCACAAAUCCUAGGUCAACUGUGAAACUAGAUAUGGAGGAUGGUCCAAAUGGAAAGAAAUAUUUUAGAGAAUUAUUUUGUGCUAUUGGGAGGGAUGCAAAUGACAAGAUAUAUCUUAUUGCUUGGGCAGUGGUUAAUGUGGAGAACAAGCAGAAUUGGAAGUGGUUUUUAGAGCUUCUCAUUGAUGAUCUAAACUUGAAUUUAGGCAAUGGUUUCAGUUUAAUGUCAGACCAACAUAAGGUACUACCAACUGGAUUAAACCAGUUUGAGGUAAGGGGAGCAACAGAUGCAUAUGAGGUGGACUUAGAAAGGAAAACAUGUUCAUGUAUGUUGUGGCAAUUGAAUGGAUAUGGAUGUGCUCAUUUUGUAGCUAGCAUAUCAUUUCUUAAUAGGGAUGUAGAAGCCUACAUAGACAACGUGUUUAGCACAAUCACGUUUAGGAAGGCAUACAAUUACAGAAUUGCCCCCAUGAAUCGCAGUGACAUGUGGUCAGAGACAAAUUAUACUCCACCAUUGCCUCCUAUUAGUAGAAGGAUGCUUGGUAAGCCAGCUACUAAGAGGAAGAAAUCCACUACAAAGAAUAUAGGAACACAUAAGGUUUCUAAAGCUGGAAAGAAAAUCAGAUGUAGUAUUUGCAAGGAGAUAGGUCACAACAAGGCCACUUGUCCACAGAGAAGGCCCCAAAAGUUAAAUGUGAAGAAACAUAAGAAACAAAAAGGUAGUACAAGUAAACCGCAACAACAUAAAGAGGUUGAAAUGACUCCAAUUCAGAUGGAUACUACACAAAAUGAUAUGCAAGUUACUCCUACUGAUGUUGAAUCUAGUAGUGCAGGGGAUUUUAGUCAAUCUAUGCAACUUACUCCACCUAGAAGUUAUGAAUGUGAUGAGGGUGUUGUGGGUGAGGAAGCUGGUGUGGUUGAGGAAGUUGUUGUUGUUGAGGAAGUUGUUCAAAGUGAGGAGGUUGAGGAGGGUGAGGAAGGUUUUCAAGAUUAUGAGGUUCAGCAGGCAAGGGUUAGGCCAAUUUCAGAGCUUUUGAAGAGGAUAAGGAGAAGAGAGUCAGAGAGAAUAUUGAAGCUGAAAUUAGGCAAAACAAUUAGUGGUGUUAAUGAUCCAGGAAAUUUUAAGGGAAAAGCUCUUGUAAUUGAUUAA